AUGAAUCAAAAGACGAGCUGGAGCGGCGCGAGUGGAGAGGGAGCUCGUAAACAUGUCACAGGAGAUGCAUCGCCGGGGGACCCGCCCGCGCGCCCGCCCGCGCGCCCGACCGCGCGCCCGCCCGCGCGCCCGCCCGCGCUCCGCACAGCUGCUCGGAGGAUGCCCUUUUCAUUUAACUUGCUUCGAACAUCUUAUCGUUGCGGGCCAUGCUCCUGUGGCUCUAACAAAUAUGUUGGUAAUCGUAUUUUAAAGAGUUCAGAAUCUAUGAAUCGUCAGAUCCUCGUUGGUCGCGUGCCAGGGACAUCAAAGGACGCGGCGGCCGCGCGCCGACAGACGUACAAGUGUAUGAAGCGAAUUAAACGCCUAGAU